AAAACGUUUAUCUAAAUUUAUGGAACCGAAAGCACCUCUAGCAGAUGAAAAUCAACAUGCUGUUAUAGAUGUAUUUUCAACCAACGAUGGCAAGCUCUCAAUAGAGCAACAGAUUGAGGUUUAUGUCAAUGAUAUGUUCAAUAUUCAAGACAACAAAUCAGUGACUCUUAACGAUAUUUUAGAAGGACUUCGUUACCUCAUGGACUUCAGAAUUAAAGGCGGCUAUCAACCUCGACUUGAUAAGCAAUUGAUGAAACGCCUAUCCGAAGGACUUUUCUUAAAUAUGGGUCAUACAGAGGGUAGUUUCUUAAAGAAAAAGACAACGGAUGCUGCUGAUACUGCCUUCUAUCUUUUCGGUGAUUUUCUCGAGGAAGUAGAAGAAUUCCGUUCAAUUAUCAGCGAAAUGGAUAUAUCUGACUUGCGCCAACAGUUAAAGAUUCAUUAUCGUUGCCAGCCUUCAUCAACGAUGAAACAAAAGCGUGGGGCAUUAGCUAUUGUUAUGCAACUUGCGCGAUUCUUUCCGAGCCAGUUUGGAGAUUGGCGUGAUUUGAUCAAGGAAAGUGAACAAGACGAUCUGGAGCGUUUGUUAAACUCUCCACUUGCAGAAGAGAUCAAACUAGGAGACCAAAAUAGUUCCAGUAAGAUGCCAACAGCCCCGCAAUUAGUCAAUGCUUUGGUACUUCCUCCACCGCAAGCGCUUCAUUUUGAUCGAUCUGUAGAAAAACUCCUGGCUAUGUUCCAUCAAACUGACAAGGACAAUGGUUUACCCAAUGCUCUUAUUCCUGCUCUUCGUGAGCAUUAUGGUUGGAAUCAGCUCCCAAAACCUCCAAAGCAGAAUGCACUCAAAAUGAUUUGGCAACAACUGACUGAUUUUAUUGUCCUUAUUUUAAUUGCAGCGGCUGUUGUUGAGGCGGCAGAGAAAGAAUUCGAUAGUAUGAUUGUUCUUUUGAUUGUUGUUGUAUUGAAUACAGUUAUCGGUUUUACUCAAGAAUGGAAAGCAAGUAAAACCUUGAAUGCACUCAUGAAUCUGUCCGUUCCGAACGCGGCAGUGAUUCGUGAUGGACAACAAAAGCUCAUCGAAUCUGCGGAGCUCGUACCAGGAGAUCUAAUCGUUCUGGAGGAGGGUGAUGCAGUUCCAGCAGACGUUAGAUUGAUCGAUGUAUCUCAAUUAGGCGUCAUCGAAAGUGUAUUAACAGGUGAAAGUCUUCCUGUACAUAAAACAACAAAAGCUAUAAAAGCAAAGACGCGCCGAAUCCCUCUUGCUGACUGUAAAGGGAAUGCAUUUAUGUCGACUACUGUUGCACGGGGUCGAGGAAGAGGAAUUGUAGUUAGAACAGGUUCUAAAACUGAAAUUGGUAAAAUUAGUGCAGCAAUUCAGAGUGGGAGUCAGCACAAAGGCAAGACACCCAUUCAGAAAAAGCUUCAAAAGUUGGGAAUAUACUUGGUGGCAAUAGCAAUUUUCCUUUGUAUUCUUGUUGUUGUUAUUGGUAUUAUUUGGAAGCAUGACGCACGUACAAUGGUUAAUAUAGGUUUAAGUUUGGCAGUCUCAGUUAUUCCCGAAGGUUUGGUAGCUGUUACCACUGUUACAAUGGCUAUAGGAGUGAGACGAAUGACAGCAAAUAAGUGCAUUGUCAGAACUCUUCCUGCAGUAGAAUCUUUAGGUAGUGUUACUGUGAUCUGUUCAGAUAAGACAGGUACCUUGACUGAAGGUAAAAUGGGUACUUCUGAAUUAUGGACUACUGAUAAUUGUUUAUACAAGUUUACGGAGCCUUCUUCGGUCGAUCCUAAUGACGGCCAAAUAAUCCUAGAACAUUCUGAUUUGCGGCGACGGAUGGUUCAUAACAGACGCACUACUACUACAAUCUCGACUGAUAAGGAUAAUUGCUCAACAGGAAAAGAUCGUUAUAAGCCGAUCGACUACGCAGCUCUAAAAUUGAAAACAGUCGAUACUACUUGUCCGGACUCAUAUAGCUCGCAAUUUUAUUAUGCUAUGAUGAUUUCUAGCCUUUGCAAUAAUUCAUCCAUUCAUCAGGAUGAAAAUACUGGUGAGAUUAAGACUAUCGGCGAUCCUACUGAAAUUGCCCUAUUAGUAUCCUCUCAAAAGGCUGGUCUGGGCCGUUCGCAUUGGAUCCGUAAUCGAAAUAGCCGAAAAAUCUUUGAACACGCAUUUGAUAGUGAACGUAAAUUGAUGAGCUCAGUUUAUAGAAUGACUGAUACGAGUGUCCAAGCUGCUUUGAAUACUAUUAAUACUACAUCAACUUCAGCGAUGCCCGACAUGGACAGUAAUUGUUCUCAAGUAGUUAUGGUUUGCAAAGGCGCCCCAGAGGAACUCUUACGAAGAUGUACACAUUUUAUGACAAAUCCAUUGUCAUCUUCAUCAGCUACUCAACAAAUUCAUGCAGAUGAAAAGUCACUGUUGGUUCCAGAUUGUUAUGCUAAAUUAACCGAUGAUUUUGUGGCCCAAGUUUAUGAUGAGAAUACUCGUAUGGCUUCGCAAGGCUUACGUGUUCUUGGUUUAGCCUACAAGCUAAUUCCGCCAGGUGCCUUUGAUAAUCUUGCUAACGAAGGAACUCAUGGCUCUAUCGAUAACAGCAACAAUAGCGACAAAAACGAAGUGUUAGAUGAAAAUGAUUUAUCAAAAGAUCAAUUUUUUGCUGAAUCCAAUCUAAUUUUUGUCGGCUUAAUUGGUUUGAUCGACCCGCCCAAAAAGGGCGUGAAAGAAGCAGUUGAUAUUUGUCAAAUGGCGGGAAUCCAGGUCAUAAUGAUCACAGGAGACCAUAUUGAAACAGCUACAGCCAUCGCAACUCAGCUUGGCAUCUUCCAACGCAGCGAUUCAAAAAAGAACCGGGCAAUUUUAGGUCGUGAACUUGAUCUGCUAUCGGAUGAUGCUAUAAUGGAAUUGAAUCCAUGUCCUACUGUGUUUGCACGUGUCAGCCCUGAAAACAAAUUAUCUAUUGUAAAAGCACUUCAAAGUAGAGGAGAAUUAGUAGCGAUGACUGGCGAUGGUGUCAAUGAUGCACCUGCUAUCAAACAAGCAAAUGUCGGUGUAGCGAUGGGAAAAGCGGGUACCGAAAUUACUAAGCAAGCAGCUGAUAUUGUACUCGUCGAUGAUAAUUUCACCAGCAUUGUCAAAGCAGUAGAAGAAGGAAGACACGUUUUCGAUAACAUUCUAAAAUUCAUCGUGUACCUUUUAAGCUGCAACGGCGCUGAAAUAUUUUUAAUGCUGAUCUGCACCAUAGCAAAUAUUGAGGCGCCGUUAUCAGUAAUGAUGAUCUUGUGGGCAAAUAUUAUCGCCGAUAUUCCGCCUGCCAUGGCUCUAGGUGUAGAAUCGAAAGAAAUGGAUUUAAUGAAAAGAAAACCGCGGGAUCCACAAAUGAAUGUCAUAACAAAAAUUACUUGGCUCGUGAUAUUUAUCAACUCUAUGCUCAUUGCUGCUUUAUCGAUUGCAGCUUAUACUAUCAGCUUGUAUGUCUUGAAGGUUGACUUACAAUCAGCAAGAUCAAUGGUAAGUCUCUUUUUCUUUUCAAACUUAAGAGAAAAAAAACUGAUUGCCGUUCGAACGAUCCUGUUUGAUUCAACAAUGAAAAGACAUUUACGACACUUACGACUUUGCAAUUAAUGCAUUCAUUUAACGCGAAAAGUGUCCACCAAUCAAUUAUCAGAACUGGUAUACUCAGUAACCGCUGGAUGAUUGGUGCAUUCUUUCUAUCCUUUAGUUUGAUGAUCCUCGGUGUCUACGCGCCAGGUAUCUCAAGUUGGCUUCAACUUGUUCCUGUCGGUUGGGAAUGUUGGACAAUGACUGUAGUUAGCGUGAUCUUCUUUAUAUUAUUUAUUGAAGUCGAAAAAAUGGUCCUUAGAAGAAUGCAAAGUAAAAUAUAAAUCUCACCGCGAUAUACCUGAUCUCAUACCAUUUAUCUGUGUAAUAAAGUUAUUUUGGCCAAUAACAGCCAAAUAAUU